UUCAUGCGUUAUGUUUACAAUUUGUCAGAGAAGAGAGUCAUCCUCAAACGAUAAUGUUUGUUUCGGAGGCAGAAACAUAAGCAUAUCAGAUGACAACAUUUUAGUCAAGAAGGGCUAGAAGCACAUAACGAAGAGUACUUACUCUUUAGACUUAGAAUAUACUGUUGCAAGACUACGGUUGCAGUCAUGUUGACCACUAAUUAAGUGUCACUUAGAUCUCUGGCUAUUUUUAAAGAUGGAUCCAUACGUGUCUACUCAGCCAUCCAUUGCAGGAGGCUAUGGGUCUGAGUUUGAAUCCGAUGCUGAAGAAAAGAAGAGGAAGAAGGACCUGGAGAAUCUGCUGCCUCAGAAGAAGAGGGGAACUGGAGGAGUCGCCAAGAAGAGAGAACUUGAGGAUGAAUAUAGCAAAGAAGAAGGGAAGAUCCAGCGCUUCCAGAUUCUCAGUAUGGAUGCAUACGCCAGACAUAGGAAGUACAUCAAUGACUACCUACUGUACUAUGGAGGAUCUAAAAAGGAUUUCAUACGGGACACGUCUAGGGACAAGACUGAUUUAGACGUUAUUCGAGAGAAUCAUCAAUUUCUAUGGGAUGAGGAUGAUGAAGAUGACUCAUGGGAGAAGAACCUGGCCAAAAAGUAUUAUGACAAGCUGUUCAAGGAGUAUUGUAUAGCUGACCUCAGUAGAUACAAGGAGAAUAAGAUCGGGAUGAGAUGGAGAGUUGAGAAGGAGGUGGUGGAUGGCAAAGGGCAGUUUGUGUGUGGAAACAAGAAAUGUAAUGAGAGGGAAGGCCUGCGGAGCUGGGAGGUCAACUUUGGUUAUGUGGAACACGGAGAGAAGAAGAAGGCCCUAGUCAAACUACGGUUGUGUCCUGAUUGUUCUUACAAACUGAACUACCGUCACAGGAAGAAGGAAGUUUUGCCCAGAAAGAAGAAAGAGAAGGGUGAGAGAUCCAAGAAGAAACACAAGUCUGGUCACAGUUCAUCAUCAGAUGAUGAAGCUGAAGAACAGGAGAGUGCAUCAGUACCUGCAGCAGGAGACCCUGGUCAAGAUGCUCAGAAGAAGGCUGAAAGUGAGAAAUCGUCAUGGGAGGGACCUGCUAAGAUUGCUGAGGAAAAAUCCAGGGAAGAAGAAUUUGAUGACUAUUUUGAGGAUAUGUUUUUGUGAAGUCACCAACUCAAGACACUGGAAUGAGAGAUGUGAUCUUCGGAAAAUGUGUGUCAAGUUUGAAGAUGCUCAUCUUGAGGCCUUUACAUGGUUCUCUCGCUGAUUGCUCUUAAUGGUUGGCUGUAUUGUGGGUUCAUUCAUCUACAGGCGUGUGACAAAACCUUGUAUAGACUUGUAUGAACUGGAGUAUGCUGGAUGGUAUGUGAAGCUUGAACAGAAGGCAUGAAAAUACACAUUAGUGAUGCUUGUGACAAAACCUUGAAAGGACUUUGUGGCAGUUGAACAGAAGGCAUGACAACACACAUAAGUGAUGCUUGUGACAAAACCGUGAAAGGACUUUGUGGCAGCUGAACAGAAGGCAUGACAAUACA